GAAGUGAAGGCGCCGGCGGUUAGGGCAGCCACCGCCCGGGACUCUUCGUGAGAGCCGCCGGGAGCUCGGUCGUUGCGGGCCGUAGGGGGCAGCAGGCAGGCUGGAGAGAGAGAACCUGCAAGUUGGGGAGGAGCAGAGAGAGAGAGGGACAGAGGAUCUGAAGUGGGCUCUGCGCUGACAGUAGGAGCCCAAUGUGGGGCUUGAACUCAAACCGUGACAUCGUUACCUGAGCUGAAACCAAGAGUUGGACGCUUAACUGACUGAGCCACCCAGAUUACUUCUGUAACUAGAUCUCCAAUUUGCUCAACAAAGCAGAAUGUCCCGAUUGCGACAACCCCCCCUUGUGACAGGCAUCUCUCCAAACGAAGGAAUACCAUGGACAAAGGUCAUAAUUAGAGGAGAAAACCUUGGGACUGGCCCAACUGACCUCAUUGGUUUGACAAUUUGUGGACAUAAUUGCCUCCUGACGGCAGAAUGGAUGUCUGCAAGUAAAAUAGUAUGCCGAGUGGGACAAGCUAAAAAUGACAAAGGAGACAUUAUUGUCACAACCAAGUCAGGUGGCAGAGGAACCUCAACAGUGUCUUUCAAGCUACUCAAACCUGAAAAAAUAGGUAUUUUGGAUCAGUCUGCUGUGUGGGUUGAUGAAAUGAAUUAUUAUGAUAUGCGUACUGACAGGAAUAAAGGAAUUCCUCCCUUGUCUCUGCGUCCUGCUAAUCCACUUGGCAUUGACAUUGAAAAAAGUAAAUUUCCCCAGAAGGACUUAGAAAUGCUGUUCCCUGGAAUGAGUGCUGAUUUUACAAGUGAGAAUUUUUCAGCUGCUUGGUAUCUUAUAGAAAACCACUCAACUACCAGUUUUGAACAGCUUAAAAUGGCAGUCACCAACCUGAAGAGACAGGCUAACAAGAAAAGUGAAGGCAGCUUGGCAUAUGUGAAAGGAGGUCUUAGUACUUUCUUUGAAGCCCAGGAUGCCCUCUCAGCUAUCCAUCAAAAGCUAGAAGCGGAUGGAACGGAAAAAGUAGAAGGAUCCAUGACGCAAAAACUGGAGAAUGUUCUGAACAGAGCAAGUAAUACUGCGGACACAUUAUUUCAAGAAGUAUUAGGUCGAAAGGACAAGGCAGAUUCCACUAGAAAUGCACUCAAUGUGCUUCAGCGAUUUAAGUUUCUCUUCAACCUUCCUCUAAAUAUUGAAAGGAAUAUCCAAAAGGGUGAUUAUGAUGUGGUUAUUAAUGAUUAUGAAAAGGCCAAGUCACUCUUUGGGAAAACGGAGGUGCAGGUUUUCAAGAAAUAUUAUGCUGAAGUAGAAACACGGAUUGAAACUUUAAGAGAAUUACUUCUGGAUAAAUUGCUUGAGACACCAUCAACUCUACAUGACCAAAAACGUUACAUAAGGUACCUGUCUGACAUUCAUGCACCAGGUGACCCUGCUUGGCAAUGUAUUGGUGCCCAACACAGAUGGAUCCUUCAGCUCAUGCACAGCUGCAAAGAGGGCUAUAUACAAGAUUUGAAAGGUACCCCAGGCCUUCACAGUCCCAUGUUGGAUCUGGACAGUGAUACACGUCCUUUGGUGUUGGGUCAUCUUAGUCAGACAGCGUCAUUGAAGAGGGGCAGCAGCUUUCACUCUGGUCGAGAUGACACAUGGAGAUACAAAACUCCUCACCGGGUGGCAUUUGUUGAAAAACUGACCAAGCUUGUUUUAAGUCAGCUGCCUAACUUCUGGAAACUCUGGAUUUCUUAUGUUAAUGGAAGCCUUUUCAGUGAGACUGCAGAGAAAUCAGGCCAGAUUGAAAGAUCGAAGAAUGUAAGGCAAAGACAAAAUGAUUUUAAGAAAAUGAUUCAAGAAGUAAUGCAGUGUCUUGUGAAGUUGAUCCGUGGAGCCCUGCUCCCAUUUAGCAUCCCAGAGUGUGGAGUGAGGCAGUAUGGAGGCUGGGAGGUAAAGUCUGAGCUGUCAGGACAGUGGCUUGCUCAUGUCAUCCAGACCAUAAGGCUUACUUAUGAAUCGUUGACUGCCCUUGAAAUUCCUAAUGACAUGUUACAGACUAUCCAGGAUCUCAUUUUAGAUCUCCGAGUACGUUGUGUGAUGGUCACAUUGCAACAUACAGCAGAAGAAAUAAAGAGAUUAGCUGAAAAGGAAGACUGGAUUGUCGAUAAUGAAGGACUGACUUCUCUUCCAUGUCAAUUUGAACAGUGCAUUAUACAUUCUCUGCAGUCACUUAAAGGAGUUGUAGAGUGCAAGCCUGGAGAAGCCAGUGUCUUUCAACAACCUAAAACACAGGAGGAGGUUUGUCAACUCAGCAUCAAUAUCAUGCAGAUUUUUAUAUACUGUCUGGAACAGUUGAGCACUAAGCCUGAUGCAGAUGUAGAUACUACACAUCUUUCUGUUGACGUUUCUUCUCCUGAUUUGUUUGGAAGUAUCCAUGAAGACUUCAGUUUGACUUCUGAACAGAGACUUUUGAUAGUCCUAAGUAACUGCUGCUACCUAGAACGUCACACCUUCCUAAACAUAGCAGAACAUUUUGAAAAGCACAACUUCCAGGGAAUAGAAAAAAUAACACAGGUUAGCAUGGCCUCAUUGAAAGAAUUAGAUCAAAGACUCUUUGAAAAUUACAUUGAGUUGAAAGCAGAUCCUAUUGUUGGCUCCUUAGAACCUGGAAUUUAUGCAGGCUAUUUUGAUUGGAAAGACUGCCUGCCACCAACAGGUGUCAGAAACUAUUUAAAAGAAGCAUUGGUGAAUAUAAUUGCUGUGCACGCAGAGGUGUUCACUAUUUCCAAAGAAUUGGUACCUCGAGUUCUAUCCAAGGUGGUGGAAGCAGUUUCUGAAGAACUAAGUCGACUGAUGCAGUGUGUUUCAUCCUUCAGCAAAAAUGGAGCAUUACAGGCACGGCUUGAAAUCUGUGCUUUGAGGGAUACUGUGGCUGUUCACCUGACACCUGAAAGCAAGUCUAGUUUUAAACAGGCUUUGGAAGCUCUGCCUCAGCUCUCAAGUGGAGCAGAUAAAAAGUUACUGGAAGAGCUGCUGAACAAGUUCAAGAGUAGCAUGCAUUUGCAGCUCACCUGUUUCCAAGCUGCUUCUUCAACUAUGAUGAAAACAUAAAUACCUCCACAGUAAGGGCAGUCUAAAGAUAACAAGUAAUAAAUUGUUAUUACUUUGUUAAGUGCGCUUACAGGUAUUAGCAUAUAAAGCAUUAGGUUUGCAAUCUCUGUCUCUUUUCCCCAAAUUGGUAGCUUAGAAAGACGUUGGUAUAUGUUUCAUUUCAACCAAAAUGACCUUGUUUGAAAUGCCCGAGCAGUAAUUUGUUUUGUCAUUUUUAUUACAUUAGGCCCUGUAUGGCUUUAAAAUACCUUUAAAUAUAUAUAUUCUUAGCUAGAUGUUGCAUGAUUAAUGCUAUAGGAAGAGAUACCUUUCCAGAGAGUGCUUCAAGAUGGCAUAUGAGGUAACAAAGGCAUUCUUCAGUGUCUCAUAUACCAGACUGUAGUGUCUGCAGCUUCCAAGGCACAUGGAGACAUUGAUAAGAAGAGAUUUAGAAAGUUAUAUUUAGACAUCUUUGGAACUUUAACUGUCCUAAACUGUACAUCUGUACUUAAAAAUACAAAUACCUCACUCUCCUAACUCAAGUGGAUUUUUAGAAAAUUUGCCAUCUGCUUAAGAAAAUGUUAUAUUUGGGGUAGAUUAUUUGUGCCCAGAUGUCCAUGAGUUAACUUUGUAUUUUUCUGCCUAAUUUUUAUUUCUCACUGCGCUAAUAAACAUUAAGCACCUUUCA